AAAUAUAGAUUAAGAUUAAGAUGUCGCAUUCACUGCGGCUGCUUGCCAGCAUCAUUGUGGUUGCCUGUGUUGUGGCCGACACAAUUAGUUCAGCGGCUGGUUGUUCACGGGCUCCCCACACAUUUGCCCCACGGUCGACGAACACGCGGCGAUAAUGGAUACAAAUUAAUUGUGGCUGAUGGUCCCAAUGGCUAUGUGCCUGGCAAGGCAUACAACUUAUUACUGCUCGGCUCUCGCACGCAUACGAAAAUUCAGCACUUCACCCAUUUCACCAUCGCUGCUGAGGCACACACCGGCGCCAGACGUCCCCAAGUUGCCAGUCCUCGUCGUGUUGGUCGCUUCCAGCUUUUCAGCGAUUCGCUUACCAAGUUCAAUGAUCGCUGCGUGAACACGGUGUCCGAGGCUGACAAUCUACCCAAGACUGAGGUGCAGGUUAUGUGGGUGGCCCCCGAAGCAGGGUCAGGAUGCGUCUCUUUGUCCGCCAUGGUGUACGAGGGACCAAGAGCUUGGUUCUCAGAUGACGGUCAGCUCACCCAGGUGAUUUGUGAGCACAAAUUAAAUGCAGCAGAUACACAAAAGGAAUGCUGCGCCUGUGAUGAGGCCAAAUACAGCUUUGUUUUUGAAGGAAUCUGGUCAAACGAGACACAUCCUAAGGAUUAUCCUUUUGCCAUCUGGCUAACGCAUUUUUCCGACGUGAUAGGUGCCUCCCAUGAAGCAAACUUUUCCUUCUGGGGCGAAAAUCACAUUGCGACCGAUGGCUUCCGUUCAUUGGCUGAAUGGGGAUCACCAACAGCUUUGGAGACUGAGCUGCGCGCCCACGGUCCAAAGUUACGAACUCUGAUUAAGGCUGCAGGACUUUGGUAUCCCAAUGUCAAUCAGAAUACAUCAUCCAAAUUCCGUGUUGAUCGCAAGCAUCCAAAGGUCUCAUUAACCUCCAUGUUUGGCCCUUCUCCCGACUGGGUAGUUGGUAUCAAUGGCGUUGACUUGUGUACCUCGGACUGCAGCUGGAAGGAGUCUCUGGAUUUCGAUUUGUAUCCCUGGGAUGCCGGCACCGAUAGUGGUAUAUCCUACAUGUCACCCAAUGCUGAGACGCAGCCCAGAGAGCGCAUGUAUAAAAUCACAACAAUGUACCCGGAAGAUCCACGUGCACCAUUUUAUAACCCACAGACUCAAAAGAUGACACCUUUAGCUAAGCUAUAUCUGCGCCGCGAAAAGAUCGUUUCCCGCAACUGCGACGACGACUUCCUUCAAGCCCUUCAGCUGGAAGUCUCUGACGAUGCCGAGGAGCACGAUACCAGAGCCGAAUGCCGAGUGAACGACUUCGGUGCCUGGAGCCCGUGCUCCGUCACCUGCGGCAAGGGAAUCCGCAUGCGCAGUCGUCAAUAUGUGAAUGCUGCACACGCUGAGCAAAGCAAGUGCACACGUCAACUGGUGUCCAAGGAAAUGUGCGUGGCAAGCUUAGCAGAGUGUCCCAAUGGUGCGGGUGCACAAGAUCGAGAUGAAGAUGAAGGCGAGAAUCUUGCCAAUUCACAGUCGCUGGUAAGCGACAACGGCGAAGGAGCUGGCUUGUGCAAGACUACGCCUUGGAGUGUUUGGUCAGAGUGUUCUGCCACUUGUGGCAUUGGCAUCACUAUGCGUACCCGAACCUUUGUGAAUCCCAUGGGUCGCAAGCGUUGUCCGCACAUUACCAUUGUGGAGAAAAACAAGUGUAUGCGACCGGAUUGCACUUUCGAGCAGGUGGAACUGCCCGAUCCCAAGUGCCCGACCACGCAAUGGAGUGACUGGAGUCCUUGCUCUGGCUCCUGUGGACGUGGUAGUGCCAUACGUAAGCGCUUGCUGCUGCUUGAAGAUGGUCAGGAGAAGGACGACUGCACAAAACGCAUGGAGUUGCAUCAACAACGCGAGUGCCAUCAUGCUCUGGACUGUAAUAUCAACCAGGAAAUGGCCAAGGAGAUUUGCGUACAGCAGGCCGAAGCAGGUCCUUGCCGUGGCAGUUAUCAGCGCUAUGCCUACAAUCCUGAGUCCGGUCGGUGCGAGGCUUUUACCUACGGCGGCUGUCGUGGCAAUCGGAACAAUUUCCUCACUGAAAAUGACUGUCAGGUGACCUGCAACAAGAUCAACGAUGGUCAGCAGGAGCAGGAGCAAGAGGUUAAUGUGCCAAAGCGUUGCGUCAUGUCGGAAUGGUCCGACUGGACGCCAUGCAGUGUUAGCUGUGGCGUCGGCCACUCCCAGGGAUAUCGCUAUCUCGUCAGCUCACAUGCUCGCUCAGGUCAAACCUGUCCCCAGCGUCUGGUGAAGCAGCGUCUCUGCACUAUGCCCGCUUGUUAAGUAAGCUGAGAAGUUCAGCUGUUUGCUCAUUACUAACCACAACAUUUAAAUUUUGAUUGUGAAAUUCCAAAUAAAGUUAACGUAGCUUAAACUGCC